GUGUUAUUCAAAACCUGCAUCGAUAAAUUACAAAAUAUAAAACCCAAAGUUAAGAAAAUUGCAAUAAGUGCAUCAUUAAAUAGCAUUUGUUAUUAUAAAACAGUACAAAAAAUAUAAUGCAUUAAUUACAAAAUCGAGGUGGAGCAUUUCAUUUUUCGGGAUUUAUUAAUCAAACGCCUGACUUCACUCAUCUACGCGUUCCCGGAAAGAGUAACGAAAUAAACACUUACAGCAACAUUUUUUAUCUUCAACUUAAGCCUGAAAAUAGAUUUUGUUUUGAGCUAAAGAAUAUUUUGAGUUCCGUGUAAUCGAAAUUUCCAAAAUUAUCCAGGAAUAUGGGGUACAGCGUCACUGAACUAGCCGCGUUAGUGUACAGAAGCAAAGAUAGCAGAGCCCAUGAAUGGUUUUUAAUGUCGUCACCGAUGAAACCGACGGCAUUAGUACUCGCUUAUAUAUUGAUUGUUGUACGUAUCGGGCCCGGCUUAAUGAAAGAUCGUGCACCUUACAACCUUAAAUAUAUCCUGACAAUCUAUAACAUUUUUCAGAUGAUUUUCAACUCCUACCUGUUUAUAAUGGUUUGGAAUGAAAUGCAAGCGAUCAGAAGUUUAAUGAUUAGUAACUGCCAGAUAGACCGUACCGAUGAAAAGCUGCUCGAAUGUUUAAGCUUCGGUUGGUUGUAUUUAAUCAAUAAAGUUGUUGAUCUCUUCGAUACAAUAUUUAUGAUAUUGCGUAAAAAAAACGAUCAAAUCACUUUUCUGCAUGUAUAUCAUCACUCCAUUAUGAUAUACUUGACCUGGUUUGGAAUUAAAUAUAUGGGAGUAAGGGAAGAAUUUGGAAUUAUUAUAACAAUCAACACCGCGAUCCACGUAAUUAUGUAUUUCUACUAUUUAGUUGCCGCCAUGGGACCACAAUAUCAGAAGUACUUACGGUGGAAAAUAUAUAUAACCAAAAUUCAGAUAGGACAAUUUUUGAUGGCCCCGCUCUACAUUUUUGCAUCUGUCGUGAAGGGUUGUCAAAUAUCUAAGCCGUAUACAUUUUGGGUAACCAUACACGCCUGCAUCUUUAUUUACCUGUUCGUCGACUUCUACCGUAAAGCUUAUAAAAAAUCUUCGGGA